CAAGAGGUUAUUGACAUUCCAUAGUACGCCUUAGGUGUACUAGCGAUCGAUCGAUAGCGACCGAACGACGGUACGGUCACUCGCUUAACUGCCCUUGCCUGAGACGUUGUUUCUCUGCAGAGCGGAAGCCGAAACGCAUGAGACUGCUUAACCCGAUGCCACAUCUGGACCUUCGCUACCUUAAAGUUUAUAUUCGGACUAAAUUCAAAGCAUCUAAUAUGCGGGGUUUUGUGGGCUGGAGCAGGCGCUCCCCACAAUCCAGAUGUCGACACCUAUCACCCGCUUGCCUACCGGCGCAAAAACAUCUUCCGUGACAUGGUGACGAAAGUUGAAACGCAUUAGCAGGGUGACGUAUUGGUCGCCUGAGUUCUGGGCUUCGCGAGGCGACGGGGAAAUGUCCCUUUGGCGUUUCGUUUCCCAGGUCUCGCAGCCCGCUGAAAUUUGGACAGGUAAGUAACGGUCGAGAAGAAGAUUGUAACGGGCUAGGGAACGAGCCGCUUAGUCGGAGAUUGGAUGACCCGAGCUCAUGGCUCCAGGAGGUGCAGGAGGUCGCGCUAUGCCCAUGUUGUCGCGUCCAAGGGAAACGUUGCGCGCAACUCGCUCUGAUAAUAUGCAGCAAAAUGACGGACAAACAGAGCGCAAAGGUCUUUAUAGGAGGGCUGAGCUGGGAGACGACCGGCGAAAAGCUUAGGGCCUACUUUGAGAACUUUGGGUCAGUGCGCGAGGCCUUUGUUUCUUACAACCGCAACAAUGGUCGUCCACGUGGCUUCGGCUUUGUUGUCUUCGAGAGCCCAGAGGUUGCGGACAAGGUGGUCGCUACCAAGCACACGAUUGACCGAAGAGAGGUCGAGGCCAAAAAAGCCGUGCCCAAGGAGGAGACGCCCGAGGAGAAGCAGCAAGGCUCGGCGCCGCAGCGCACCAAGAAGAUUUUCGUGGGCGGCCUUGCGCCCAGCGUGGACGAGGCGCAGUUGCGGCAGCACUUCAGCCAAUUUGGUACCGUAGAGGAUGCAGUGGUCAUGUAUGACCACGAGAACAAGCGGCCACGUGGGUUCGGCUUCGUUACUUUUGCCGAGGAGGACGCAGUCGACCGCGUCUUCAGCCAUGGCGCAGUCCAGACAAUUGCCGACAAGCCCAUAGAGGUGAAGGCCGCGGUUCCCCGCGACCAAAUGCCUCCUACGCUGCGUAUGCAUGGAAGCUACUACGGCCAGCCGCCGCAUCAUCGCGGCGGACCUGGGCCGGGCUACGGUGCAGGCCCGCAUCGGAACAACAGUUUUGCAGGUCCACCCGCAUACGGUCCGCCUGGUCCCAACUAUCCACCUCCUUACAACAAUUAUGGGCGACCUUUUAGCGGACGUGCGCCGAACAGCUUCGGUGGAUACGGACCUCGCAGUCCCGGACCCGGGCCAGGUCCUCGCCAACCGCCUAUGCCCGCAGGGUCGUUAGGCGCAGGACCAUACGGCGGCUAUAACCAGCAGCGAUUUCCACAAUCUGCACAAGGCCCGGGCACGCAGUCCGGUACUCCCGGUAGCGCGACCGCAUCAUCAGCAAAAGUGCCGCCCAUGCCAAACGCUUACGACGUCUAUAGCGGGCAGCUUAAUGGCGUCAACAACGCGAUGCUGUCCUCGCUGUAUAACAAUCUCUUCAUGCCAAACGGAUUGCCGACAGCAGCGGCAGCAGCGGCAGUCAACCCAAAGCAGCUUAGCUCCUUGAACAACCAGCUCAAGGCGCUCAACCUGGCAGCAGGCUUCGCCAAUUUUGGUAGCGCUCCGGAUGCGAGCUAUCAAGAUGACGCUGCAGCCGCAGCAUAUGCGGCAGCCAACCCCGAGGACUUCGCCGCGUCUGCUGCCGCCGAAGCUAUGCAGGCUGGUCUGAACAGCCUCGCAGUCAACCCUGACUUAAACCCGUUGCAUGACGCCGGCUUCACAACAGCGCCGGCGCCGGGCUGGUCCAGUUAACAGAUGCAGCCCUGCGAGGGUUGCAGGGCCGAAUCCAUCAUACUCCGAUAACUGCGUGCCGUGCCACAGGACUUUUGACCAUUGACCAGUAGCCUAGGUCACAUCAUGACCGUCUACUUGGACCAGACUAAGUUCAACAUUACGACUACGCAUGGCGAUGUGACAAGGCCAGUUGAAGUGUAUCAUACCUUGACGACGGCAUGGCGGGCCUUGACGUGUUGGUACUCGCAUCCAACGAACUUCUUCGUUGGUCAAUUGACGUCACCUAACUCCGACCGCGUUUGACGUGUUACUGUGGUUGAACCAGAAAGAUGCAGAGGGUUUCGAGUGGAGAAGAGCAUAUUGUGGGUCAUGCCGAUGCGUUGAUUGCCAAUAGGGCAAAUAAGAUAGCUCAGAUAGGCAGAGGGUAGCGCCGCCAGUGUGUAGGCGGGGGGGAUAGCAGCUGUGUUGGAGGAAGUGUGGGGUGCAAAGCACAGUUUGCAACGUCUUGCAAUCAGGUGUAUUGAAUUUCAGAAUAGGGAGCUAGAGCCAGACGUAUACAAUUUGUUGGCGAAGUUGGCAGGCCAGACGCCAGACAGACCAGACGCACUUAUACAUCGCAUGAGAUACUAGGUGUGUGUGGUUGGCGUAUGGAUCGUAUAAAGUGCCAUAUUAACUUGACGUAUAUGGACGCCGACGUGUAUCUAGCCGGGUGCAGCGGAGUGCACCAGCUUGUGCAAUUGUCCAAUGCGAAGUAUGUGCAAGGUUUAAAGUGUUGCCUGUCCG